AUGGAAUUUGAAGAACUAGUGGGAUUUCGUGAAUAUGUAAAUGUUAUGAUUCGCCAAUUGGUGCGCGAGCCUAGAGACCUGGACGUUAUCUCGAUUGUUGGAAUGGCUGGACAAGGAAAAACAGCUUUGACUAGAAAGGUAUACAAUAAUCAUUAUAUUGUUGAUCACUUUGAUGUUCGAGCAUGGUGCUCCAUUUCAAAAAUAUAUAAUCGGAGAAAGUUGUGGCUUGAUAUUCUAAAACAAAUUAAGGGUGAUAAGCGUGAUACUGUAGAUGAUGACUAUAGCAUAGCUGACAUGUUGCGCAAAAGUCUAUAUGGAAGGAGAUAUCUCAUCAUAUUGGAUGACAUAUGGGAAGUCAGGGCAUGGGAUGACUUGCGAUUAUGUUUCCCUAAUACAGAAAAUGGAAGUAGAAUAAUGGUAACAACUCGAGAUGUACAUGUGGCUAUGCAUAUUAAGCACCAUAGUGAUCCUUGUUUGCUUCCAUUUCUAAAGGACGAAGAGAGUUGGGAAUUAUUGCAGAAGAAAGUAUUUCAAGGAGAAAGCUGUCCUUUGGAGCUACUCAAUGUAGGACCACUAGUUGCAAAAAAAUGUAACGGAUUUCCUAUUCUGAUCAUCAUGAUUGCUGGAAUUCUCUCUAGAAAGAAAGAGGACCCGUCUUUCUGGCUUGAGGUUGCAUAUGAUAUAAGUUCUCAUGCUUCUGUAGAGGACAGCAUGAAGAUGAUACAAUCAAGUUAUGACCAAUUAGAGGACCAUUUGAAGCCUUGCCUUCUGUACAUGGGAUUGUUUCCUAAAGGUUAUGAAAUUCCAGUGUCUGAUCUGCUGAAGUGGUGGAUAGCUGAGGAGUUUGUGCUAGAAGAAACAUCAAACAGUUGCUUGAAUGAUCUUGUUAGAAGAAACCUAGUAAUGGUUUCUAAAAGAAGAGCUAAUGGUGAAAUGAAAUACUGCAUAGUUCUUGAUCAAGUGCGUGAGUUCUGCUUGAGAAAAAUUAAAGAAGAAAAGUUCAUUGAGUCCAUAGUGCCGUAUAAUUCAUGUCAACCUGUAGAUUCGGAUGUACAAAGGUUAUGCAUGUAUAUACAUGACACUAUGAAAACUGAUUACAAGGAAAGGGAAUCUUUUGAACAACGUCAAAUGCCACUGGAGUUCAUUGCUCAUCCGAAAUUCGGUAUAUCAGGCCGUAAGAAUCUGUUCCCUCUGCUGAAUAACUUAAGACUUAUUCGGGUGUUGCAUUUAUUGGAUAUCUACUUGGAAAAUUCUUGGGCUACUGCAUUUCAAUCACUGACUCAGUUGAGGUUCCUUGCAAUUUUUGUCAAAGCAUUUGAUUUCAA